CCGUUCGCUCUUUUUUUUUAUUGUGAACAAGUUUCCCCGUUUCGCGCUGCAAUUGGUUCGGUUCGCACGAAGAAAAACGCACGCGAUAUACGUGUGCGAGUGCAAGUACUAGAAUUUCACGAAUUCACGCCCUCUCUCGAGUUUAGUGCAUAACCUCCCGGAGUGUGUAACCUUUCCCGGUGAGGAAAAACCACCGUCCAAUUGGAUUGCUUCGCCCGAAAAUAGUGGUCGCGGUAGAAGGAAAGGAGGCAGACAGCGGGAGGAGACAACAACAAAAAAUCCCGUGACCGUGAACGGCCGUGAUCCAAUCGGAUGGUUUUUGGUUGUCUCUAGAACGGGCUGAUUUAUCACGGGAAAUUCUCGUCAUUCGGGCAGGAAUCGGCCACGGUCCUCUGGUGCAUCUUCCGAAAGGUGAACGCGCUGGGUGCGCUUGGCUGGCGGCGGUGGUUCGAAAAUCACAGCAACCUGUUUUUCCGUUCCCCACCCACUUUCGCUUGAAUUGUCGUCGUCUCCUCCCAUCACGGACGGACGGGUGGCGCGACGCGAGUGUACCGUACCGAACGGGGGUGGGCCAAACCCAUCGAUAGUGAAAAUGAUAGAGAACGCAACGAUGAUGCUUCUUCUCGCGUUUUCCGCCGCUGGCUGCUGUCGUACCGUUGUCAUCCCGGCCAUGCACCGCCGCUACCGAUGAACGGGGGAAAAGCGCUCGAAGAAAAGCUCGAGGUUGAACGAUAGCACACCAUCCUUCGCCUCGGUUUGGUCGGUCGGUCGCGGUUGCAUCGGUCGCCGUGUCGUUUUGCCGUCACUCUCUGUGGUAUACUCUGUACCUAUCGUAGCAGUCCGUGGUGUGUUGCUGGUUUGCCAAGUGGUGGAAAAGCCGAAAAAGUGAAAAAUCGGUGUUUCAUCUGUGUCGCGCGAAAGGUGAUGGUCGAUGUGCGGACAGUGCAGCGAUAGUAAAGAGCAUAGAAAGCAAUAAAUGCUAAUGUGUUUGUGUGUGCCUCUGGAUGUGUGUGUAUUGAAGUGCAGUGAAAAAUCGGCUAAAUAGAGAAAACGCCUUCUGCGAAACCGGCACGAAGAGGAAGAAGCGCGCAACAGAAGAAGGAAACAUAAUUUCGGGGGAAAAACCACUAACCCGGCUACACCACACGCGCACAUAGCGGUUUCGCAUAUUCGGUUGCGGCACUAUGCAGUGCCUAACGGAGCGUCCGGAUUUCCACCACCGACAACAACAACGUCAACAACAGUAUCCGUUCGCUGCCACCGUUCUAGCGUCGUCGUGUUUUAUGAAGCAUCAGCAACAGCAGCCGAACCAACAACCCUGUUAAUAGAGUGCAAAUUCUCGUUUCAAACUUGCUUCAAGAAAAGCGCAAGGUAGAAACACACGCACAACAGGGGGGACUACAGCGAUCGCCGGGGACAGUUUGGGGAAAAAGCAGGAACCAUGAGAACGAAACCAUUCCUGCUGAUACUGACGUGCGUGCUUAUGACCACCUUUCUACUGAUCCUGUUCGGUUCCGCCGGUCAGCAGAAUGAUUCGCUGAAAAACAUCGUCACCCAGACGCAUCAGCAGUUUCGCAACUUUAAGAAAAAUCUUCGUGAAUCCAACUCCGAUCCGCGUCCGGAAGUCGAUCCAAAGUAUCUGGCCCAGCUCGGGUUCACGCAACCACUGUACAAUGCAAGCAAUCGGGCCAACUUUACCAUCGUCACAUACGCGCUGCCCGGGGACAUCGCGUCCGCGCUGCUGUACGUGCAGAACGUCGCCAUGAAGCUUCCCGCCCAGCCGCUGCUGGUGUACGAUCUCGGGCUGGCCGAGUCGGAUCUGCACGUGCUGCAGGGUUCGUGUAACAGUACCUCGACCACACACUGCACUGUGAUAACGUACGAUCUGAGCAAGCUGCCGGCCCACGUUGCCGACCGGAGUAUGCACGCGUUUCGGCCAAUCAUCAUACACGAUGCGCUGGCCCGGUCGAAGCUGAUCCUCUUCACCGAGAACAGCGUGCGGCUGAAGGGUAGCAAUACGGUGCGCGAGCUCGAGGAUGUACGGUUGCGGGCCGAAAACAGUACGUCCGGUGUGCUCGGGUGCGCAACGAAGCAGCCCGUCACCAGCCGGACCCAUCCGAAGAUGUUCGAGUACUUUGAGAUUGCGGUCGACAACUUCUACUUUCUGCCGAUGACGUCGCUCGAGUUUGUGUUCUUCAGAAACAGUGCGACCGUUAACGAUAAGGUCCUGCUGCCGUGGGUACGCUGUGCGCUAACGCUGGAGUGUUUGCAUCCGAUUGGAGCACAAACUGGUGGCUGCAAGUACAACAAGAAACCGCUGUACCGAUACUCCGGCUGCCACGAGUACGACACGUGCGCGUUCAACAUCAUUCUCGGCAUGACGUUCGGGUACGACGAAAGCAACUACUCGAACCAGGAGCUGGCCAACCUGUACUAUCUCGAAACGCUCGAGCAAUCGACAAAGAUAUUGGAAAACCGGCGGAAAAACAUCAGCGACACUUCGGAGCAUCCGUUCACCGAGGAUUAGAUUUUUUAUACGCCAGCGGGUACAUUUUUUUUUUGUUUGGCAUUCGGCAACUACGGUGUGUGAAAUUGAAGCAAAUUGCAAUGCAUUUUCUCGAAUUUUAUUUUCAGCAUUCACCCGUAGUGUUUCCCUCCAUUCGAUUGCUAAUAUGCAUACAAUUUCCCAAGGAAAUUGACAUGGUGGGAAAAGGCUCGCGAACAAGUAUUAUUUGGGGAAGGUUUAGCGAAGAAAAACCAUGGGUCGAUGCUGGCAGUACAGCUGUAAAUACGUUCCAAGCACAACUCCACCGUAUAAUUCAUCAACGAGAUUGCACACAUUUACUUGAUCGUAUGAAUCGUUUCACGAUGUUGCUGGGCAUGACUCACCUGAGUUAGUAACUUUUAUUGUGUUGCCGUUUUUUUUAUACAACCAGGCUGAUUAACAACUCUCUGUUUUAUCGUUAUCGAUUACUGUAUAAAGCGAGAUUGGUUGAUUGGUUGGCGUUGGAAGUUUGGCUGUUUCCCUACCGAAGAACACGUCAGCGUCAGUUUACUGCUGCAGUGUUAUCUUCAUGGUUGGUUUUUUUUUUUGUUUUUCGUGAAAAUAGUUCGGGUGAGCGUUUUUUAGAAGAUUAAAGCGGGAAGGAGGAAUGCAAAGAGAUAGAUGAUAGGAUUGCGAUCGCGGGAGUAGUGGGGUAGUUAGUAGGUUCAGUAGAAUGAGCAGUUGUGAUCAACAAUCGAAUCGGCCAAGGGGUUUUAAAGGGGGUUAGUUGGGAUAGUAAGGGUACGGGUGGUGAGGAUUGAUUUAGUGCCGUCGCUGUAUUUGUUUUCGUCCCCCUUCUUUGUUACGUUGUGCUGUGCAUGUAUUUAAACGGAUUUUCCAUUAUUAUUUUGCGGCUGGAUGUAUGUAUAUAUAUAUAAUUGGCAAGAGUCGGAAGGGUUGGGUUUUACUGUUAGAGCGCUUAAAUUCUUACCCCUUUGUAUAUGCUUUGUAUAUAGUUUGCGUAGAAGCUUGGUUCUGUACGUGAACUCGUUUACUCAUACACUAACGAAUUAAGGCAGCAUUACACGUAGCUAUGAUAAGUAAUGGAAGUGGGAGAAAAGAGAAAGAGCAAGGCAGAAAGAAAGUGAUAAAACGUUCUCGGUAUGAAACGAUAACGAAGGUACAUAUAUGCGCGAAAACAAAUGAGGCAUAAUUAGAGUAAAACGAAACAACAAAAAAAUCUUAGAGGGAAGUACACUCUGGCUGGGUUGAGGAAAAGUGAUGCCAACCCAAUAUCCCGGCUGUUCCGGCGGACGCAUCAACGCCAUCACUCCAUCUCAGUUUCCACGCCUCCUCUGUCCGUGUGGACUGUCUAAAGGGACUUUUCGGGCUGCCUGCCCACCGGAGCCUGGCGAGUCUAAUUCACAGCACGAUUGUGAGAUCAUCGUACAGCUCGUAGAGCUUCUUCUGCACAUCGUCAGUUUCAGGGCAGAGUCCAUGUCUCAGAGUCGUAUGAGAGUACUAGGUCUAUAAUUGUUCAGUCUCAGGCUAUAGUAUGAUCGGUUGGCAGCCAUCCAUAGUCGGUGCUGACUUUCACUCCAGAUUGAAAAGACGACAGGCAAGACCACCUCCUUGGCGUAGGCCCUUGGUGGUAGCAAAGGGGCCCUGAUUGUCUGGGGAAGAUAUAGAAUUCAAUGACUGAAAUAGCUGAAAAAACACAUUUUCUCAAGCUCGCAGAGUGUACUACCCCGUAAAAAACCCACAAAUCGACCAUCAUCACUAGCAGCAGGGCCAAAAUGCGUUACAAUUGUUUGUUCUUCAGGGAAUUAGAGUAAUGGUUACAAAUCGCUUCGCGCAUGUAUGUCGCUUUAGGUUUAGGCCAACUGAUCGCCAAAACGAACCGGGAAAAAGGAACAUGAAACAAAAGACUUGAGGAACUACAAAAACGGAAAUAUUAUGCCGCGCACAACAGGGGAGUUUACAAAGGCUUUUACCUAACUACGCUACAUCACAGCUUAAAACAAAGAACCACCUCACACGCACUCGUCGUUGUUCGACUCCCAUCCGGCGGAUCCUAGGUACACCGAUUAAUUGACAAUCAUUUUGAACCCAUUUCACCCCUCCCCGUACACAUAAUGUUCAUUUUCGGAACCCCUAACGAGAUCGGUGGUGGUAAAAUGGGGUUUGUAAAAUACUCAAGCUUCAUUGUUCGAUUUUGUUCGAAUGUUUUCGUAACCGGCGUUCCGUUUGAUCGAAUCCAUUCUACUACAUCCACCAUUCCCUUGCUUUCUGACAAUCACAGCUUGCGUUUAGGUGACACCACUGGUUUGCGCGAUAUUAUAAUAUAGCUUCAGUGAGGAUAGUACAUAGAGGAAAGGCUGUCGGCCCGGGAUGAUUGGUUUUGCUUGCGUAUCACAGCCACAUUUCGCAUUAAGAUGUAACAAACUGUCUAGUCAUAUGAUCGUCCGCAAGAUCCAUUCCUAAGUUUGACCCGAUCGAGGGGGGGUUCUUUCACCAGCAGUUGAUCGACCAGCAUUAUACUAACCGCACGUGUGCGACACUGUUCGGCAAAAAGGAUGCCGGCAGGUUUACCGGUUUCCCUGUGAUAAUAUACUAUUAUUGAUUGGUACCGUCCAGCACACCACACGCGCUCCGAUACGAAUGCGGGUGACUACUUUUCGGUGAAAUGCGCGCCUGUGUUUUGGCUUGUUUCUCUUAUUGGUUUUGGCGCACGUGUACUAAGGCGUAACCAGCGGGGUCCAGGGGGUUGGUUUGUGCUUAUGUUUUAUAGCAUUAUAGCAAACUGUCAAGUGGGGAUGUUACACACAUUCGCGUUUGGAUGGAGGUGCUUAAAUUUCGUAAACCAAGGCUCGAAGUGUUCAAGACUGUUGUAAAGAGAAAAAGUAAAACGACCAAGCUUACCGGCAACUCUCGCGUCACGCGGAAAGUGAGCAAAAGGUGUCUCCUUUGUUUCAAGCCAGCUUAACCAUUGUGUCCAGUUGCUAUAGGGGGCAUAAGCCACUUUGGGGUGGGUGCUUGUAUUGCAUCUUGUUCUUAUUUCGUGUGUAUUUGUUUUUUGGUUUGAAUAUGAGAAUAAUAUUGGAAAAUAAUUAACUAUAAAUUCAACAAAAAUUUAUAGCAACUUUAGAGCAAGAAAUAAGUCCUCUUACCUUUAAUCUUAGUAAAUUGGAUUACCAUUAUAGCAACUGGACAGCAAGCAAUAAUCAGUUCACCUACUAAAACCCUUAGUAAAUCUGCCUUUGUAAUUGCUGGUGACUCAAUAGCAACUGGACACAGCUUCAAUAUCCUUUGCAUGUUAAAUACUCAAGGCCCUCCCUCCCCCAGAAGAAAAAAGGGAACGGUGACGGUGGAACAAAGUUUUCUUAAUUUGGCAUAAACGAUCCACCACUACCACUGCUCUAGGACGUUGUAUGUGUGCUGCCGCCUUUGAAUAUACACGUAUAGGGAAUCCCGGUCGCCAUUAUUACACAUUACAGGAACGGCAAGCAGUAUGCAUUAGUUAAGGACAUCCUCGAGCAGCAGCGCGUUGAUCCCGAGAUGCACACAUACAUACCAUUCAACAUAUCUACUAAUGAAGGGUGGACACAGAAAGGAAGGCCGAAAAACUACGGAUAAAUACUAGAACGAGAAGAAAAUAUUAAUUAAAAUCAGCUUUAAAAUAAGUAAGGCAGCAGCGAAAAGCAAAACAGGAUCAACCGAACGCAACUUAACGGAGUCAAAAACUAAACCAGAACCUCCAGGCAGACAAAAAAAACCGACUGGUUGGACAAACAUAUACUAUUAGCAUUUAAUACAACAAAAAAAAAUAAUACAACAAACGCAGAAAGUAAAAGCCAAGAAGAAUCUCUUACCAACAAUCUAGCGGAACGAUCAAGAGAGGAUUCUUAACUUAAGCCGUAACCCUCCCAUUGUACCAUUCAUUACCGUGUUACAAUAUUUUAGCUGCCUACCUUUAAUAAGCCGAUACCGUAUAAAA